ACUGCGGCGCAGCUCCUGUCCGCCGCCCCGGCCCGGCGGAGCCCCCGACCCGCACCGCGCUCUUACGCCGAGGCGGGCGCCCGGUGAUACUGCAGGGGUGGCGCUGCCGGCGCUGGCCGGUUAGGCGCCUGUGCGUGCGCGCUACGGGAGGCAAGCAGGGAUCCGAGAGCCCGAGUGUGAGCCCGAGUCGGAGCGGCGGCCCCUUGGCAAGCCCGGAACUCUCCCCACCUACCCACCUGGAGCUCAUCUUUGAGCCAGACUGACUUCUUAGCAACAGUACAGUAAUAAUAAAACACCAUUGCAGAAGGCACCAUGGCCGUGGAUGUGGCAGAAUACCACCUGAGCGUUAUCAAGAGCCCCCCUGGUUGGGAGGUGGGUGUCUAUGCUGCAGGGGCCCUGGCACUACUGGGAAUCGCAGCUGUGAGCCUAUGGAAGCUCUGGACAUCAGGAAGCUUCCCCAGCCCCUCCCCGUUCCCCAAUUAUGACUACAGGUACCUUCAGCAGAAGUACGGGGAGAUCUACACGGAGGCCAGGCCGGAGAGAGCUCCUGCCUGGAAUGCCCCACGGGCCAGUGCUCGGGGGCCACCCAGUCGCAAAGGUAGCCUCAGCAUCGAGGACACCUUUGAAAGCAUCAGUGAGCUGGGACCACUGGAGCUGAUGGGCCGGGAGCUGGACCUGGCCCCCUAUGGACCCCUCCGCAAGUCCCAGUCUGCAGACUCCCUAAACUCCAUCUCCUCUGUGAGCAACACCUUUGGGCAGGACUUCACACUGGGCCAGGUGGAGGUGAGCAUGGAGUAUGACGCAGCCUCCCACACCCUGCACGUGGCCGUGCUGCAGGGCAAGGACCUCAUGGAGCAUGAGGAGGCCAGCUUCGAGUCCUGCUUCAUGCGUGUCAGCCUGCUGCCCGAUGAGCAGAUCGUGGGCAUUUCCCGGAUCCAGAGGAAUGCCUACUCUAUCUUCUUUGAUGAGAAGUUCUCCAUCCCCCUGGACCCCACAGCCCUGGAGGAGAAGAGCCUGCGGUUCUCUGUGUUUGGCAUCGACGAGGAUGAGCGAAAUGUCAGCACGGGGGUGGUAGAACUAAAGCUGUCUGUGCUUGACCUCCCGCUGCAGCCCUUUAGCGGCUGGCUCUACUUACAAGAUCAGAACAAAGCUGCUGAUGCGGUGGGGGAGAUCCUGCUGUCCCUCAGCUACCUGCCCACAGCUGAGCGUCUUACAGUGGUUGUGGUGAAGGCCAAGAAUCUCAUCUGGACCAAUGACAAGACCACAGCAGAUCCUUUCGUCAAGGUGUACCUGCUGCAGGAUGGGAGAAAAAUGAGCAAAAAGAAGACAGCGGUGAAGAGAGAUGACCCCAACCCAGUGUUCAACGAAGCCAUGAUCUUCUCAGUACCAGCCAUUGUGCUCCAGGACCUGUCUCUCCGUGUGACAGUAGCUGAGAGCAGCAGUGAUGGCCGUGGGGACAAUGUGGGCCAUGUCAUCAUUGGGCCAUCAGCGAGUGGCAUGGGUACCACACACUGGAAUCAGAUGCUGGCCACACUGCGCAGGCCCGUGUCUAUGUGGCACCCUGUCCGGCGAAACUAGCAGCCAGAGCAGGCCAGGUGGGCAGCAGAGCCCCUGGGGCCUGGCACAUACUCUCAACUUUGUUUGAAGCCUUCUUCAUAGCCCAGUCAGAGCUGUGACCACUGGGGUCCCUAGGUGGAGUCCCCAUCAGUUACCUUGGACCCUCUGUCCAGACUACAGUGGAGGAGCUGGUGGACCUCUACAUCUAGGAAGCCAGGCUUUUCUCCCACUAGUUCUGGACUAGUUCUGGCUCUAGCUGGGCCAGGUCCCACAAAGGGCAGAGGAUGCUGGCCAGUUGCAUACCACUUGAGGUCCUCACAUGGUUUUCCCCUUGACCUGCAGGGAGAGCAAGCUCCCCUACCCUACUCCUCCUGGGAGGCCAGCUGCCAGACUGGACCAUGCACCAGAAUAGAUGAUUCUUGGGGGCCAGCACUGUGCUAGGCACUGGCAGGUGUCUCAUGAACAAAAUGAAGACUCCUGCUUACUACAAAGUCAGGAUCCCACUGCCCAGGAGAUCUACUCAGUGCCAAAGGACAGUCCAGCCAUGCAGACCCACAGUGGGCUCUGGGCAGGGCCCCAUGGGCAGGAAGGAUCUGUACUCUCCAGGGUGGAGGAAAAACUGGGUUCUAGGCAGGGGCGCAGCUCAAGGAGCAGCUAAAAUGUGAACUUUUGAACUUUUUUGACAUAAGAAGAAGUCUUCAGCUCACUUCAGAGGGGACAAGAGCAUUUCCCUAGACUGGAGAAGAGAACAGAGUCAAGCAAAAGGCUGCAGGCCACACUGGGGCUCCAGGGCUACUAUCUAUGAAAUAUUUGCCUGGAACAUCAACCAUCAUAAAAACCAGAAGCACAGAGGCAGAGAGCAAGGUCCUUGUGCAGGGUCUGUGCAUAAUCAGCCCUACUUCUACCAGCUGGCCAGGCUCUGCUGGAAAGAGAUGCCUCGGGCAGGCCUGAAUGCAACCCCCCAGAACACUGAGCAUCUUGGGUCAAGAUCCUGAAAACUGUGACUUCAGCAGAUGUUCGGCCUCAGCCUGAAGGCAAUGGGGAGCUCUGAAGGGGACAAUGGCACCCCAAGGUCCUGCCAAGAAGCAAAGAGGCUGGGCUGGUACAUCAAUCUUUGACUUCUGCCCCUGCUCCAAGUGGGUGUCAUAUUCCUGCACAUGUCACCAGAUGAGGAGCAGCUGUCAUCUACCAAAGACAGACCCAGAGAAGCAGCAGCUUCCCGCUCUUUUCUAAAGGGGAGUGGGCACCUUCAGGAUAAAGGGAUGGAGCAGGCAGGGAUGGGCUAUACAGCAGCAAUGUCUGCUCUUCUGGGCCACUCACAGAUAAGAGGGGGACUCUCAGGCUGGCUGUCCUAUUCCUUAGCUCUAGUGAGCUAUGGAGACCUAGAUUCAACCAGCUGUCACCAAUGACAUGGAAAGAGAUGGCUUGAACAGGUGUCCAAAGGAUUGUAGGACUGGAGCAGGACCCUGUGACACAACCAGGAAGUCAGCAUAGGACCAUGCAUGGCUAGUGAGCCCUUGAAGCCCGGGAGACCCCAGAUCGACAGCCUCGCAGGGCAGACUGUGUCCUCCUACCUUCUCUUCCCUCCCUCCCUCCCUUUAACUGCAUGAAAUGGUGACCGCAGAGCUAGGGUGGCCAUGGCGGGGACUGAGAAUACUGACUGGAAUGAUUUUAGAACCAAAUAAACCUGGGGCAGGAAGGGGGCUUCU